AUGGUAACACUUAAAAAAGAUGCCACACUCACGGCGCUACACUCACGGCGCUACACUCACGGCGCCACACUCACGGCGCCACACUCACGGCGCCACACUCACAGCGCCACACUCACGGCGCUACACUCACGGCGCCACACUCACGGCGCCACACUCACGGCGCCACACUCACGGCGCCACACUCACGGCGCUACACUCACGGCGCUACACUCACGGCGCCACACUCACAGCGCUACACUCACGGCGCUACACUCACGGCGCUACACUCACGGCGCCACACUCACGGCGCCACACUCACGGCGCUACACUCACGGCGCUACACUCACGGCGCCACACUCACGGCGCUACACUCACGGCGCUACACUCACGGCGCUACACUCACGGCGCCACACUCACGGCGCUACACUCACGGCGCUACACUCACGGCGCUACACUCACGGCGCCACACUCACGGCGCUACACUCACGGCGCUACACUCACGGCGCCACACUCACGGCGCUACACUCACGGCGCUACACUCACGGCGCCACACUCACGGCGCCACACUCACGGCGCUACACUCACGGCGCCACACUCACGGCGCUACACUCACGGCGCCACACUCACAGCGCUACACUCACGGCGCUACACUCACGGCGCCACACUCACAGCGCUACACUCACGGCGCUACACUCACGGCGCUACACUCACGGCGCUACACUCACGGCGCCACACUCACGGCGCUACACUCACGGCGCCACACUCACGGCGCUACACUCACGGCGCCACACUCACAGCGCUACACUCACGGCGCUACACUCACGGCGCCACACUCACGGCGCUACACUCACGGCGCUACACUCACGGCGCUACACUCACGGCGCCACACUCACGGCGCUACACUCACGGCGCUACACUCACGGCGCUACACUCACGGCGCUACACUCACGGCGCUACACUCACGGCGCCACACUCACGGCGCUACACUCACGGCGCUACACUCACGGCGCCACACUCACGGCGCUACACUCACGGCGCUACACUCACGGCGCUACACUCACGGCGCCACACUCACGGCGCUACACUCACGGCGCUACACUCACGGCGCUACACUCAGAACUUUAUAAUGGGGACGCUACACUCAGAACUUUAUAA